GUGAAUGCACUAGCUUUGAAAUUGGGUAUACUUAUAUUUUUGAAGAGCAGAAGAGGAACCUUUAAGUUAGCUUCAAGUUCAACAAAAGAAAGAGAUUUCAACUCGGCCAUCAUGACAGCAUCAAGAAAAAUUGGAGUGCUUAUUCUGAUUUUUAGUAUGUCCCUCUUGCUCACCUCUGUACGAGCAAAUAACUGUGAAACCGAGUUGCUACACAGAUGCAUUUCUCGCUAUAGAGAACUUGUAAAGGAAAAACCAAAUAAUGAACAGCAUUGUACACGUGUACAGGGAGUGGUCGAUUGCUUUGCUGAAAAUCCUUCUUGCCAAGGACAAUCAAUAAACCGAUUUCGUUUGUGGAUUUUGCAAGAGGCAAUGCUAGAAGUAAAACUGAAGGUUUGUCCAAGGGUUAACCAUGAAGGCCUUAAGGAUACCAGUGAGAAGACAGGUGCUGCCGCGGGAUACAUGUUGGUGGAAAACUUAGAUCAAGACGAUUUUUUCAACUCUUGUGCUGUUCAAGUUCACAGGACAUGUAGCAAAAAAUUUCUAGAUUUGAUGAAGGAAAACCAACGUAUUUGUAGAGAUUCAGUCGAGUGGUUUGCAUGCUACAAGACUAAGGCCAGUGAAAUAAACUGUAACUCCCCCAUUAUAAAACAAUAUUCAAACUUCGUCGAGAAGGUUGGAAUUCAACUCGUCAGUGAUGCACUGUUUGCCAACUCAUGUAACGCCGAGCUGUAG